GAUCACUCACUACCUCAUUGUGUGGAACUACAAUCACAAUGCCGAAGUGUGUAUGCUCAAUCUUUUUCAUCUCAUUGCUUUUCCAAAUCAUUCUUUGUGUGUUGGCCCAAAAGAGCAAGUGUGCCAAUAUAAUUCCAGCGUCAUUCAUAUGGAAGGACGAAGAGCUUAACAAGGACUGCUCUGCGAGAGAAUUAGAAAAUUCAAGCUUGAGGAUCACCCACAUUCAAGGAAAAUGUUCCCCAUUCCGGCUCCCCAAUACAACAUAGUGGAAUGCGAUAAUGGAGUCCAUCAAGGGCGAUGAACAUCGCUACCGAGCACUAAUGAAAAGAAGCAAAACCCCUAUUAGUCCACAAGAAGACGUGGAUGUACCGUUAACGCCCCCCGGGAAGGAUGGUGGAAAUUACAUUGUGAAGCUGGGUUUUGGCAAGCCCAUUCAAAACUUCUACUUGGAAGUGGACACCGGAAGUGACGUCACCUGGAUACCCUGUGUUUCCUGCUCGUCUUGCUUAACUGGCCGUUUCCGCCCAUCAAAAUCUUCAACCUACAAAUAUCUCACCUGCGCUUCAAAGCUUUGUCAAGAUCUGGGUCUCUGUGGAAAUGAUAAAAGUAUUAACUGCACCGCUAGACAGACAUACGGGGAUCAAACAGAGGUUGGUAUGCUGAUGUCAACCGAGACUCUAUCUGUGAGCUCGCAGUACGUGAAGGAGUUUGUUUUUGGAUGCGCAUAUUCUGUCAAGGAACCCUUUGUCCAGACCACGCUCGGUUUAGUUGGCUUUGGGAGAGGUUCUCUUAGCUUUGUUUCAGAGACGGCUGCUUUAUAUGACAGAACGUUCUCUUAUUGCCUUCCUAGCGUUGGGUCCUCUGCAUUCACUGGGUCUCUCAGAUUGGGGAAAGCCGCUCUUUCUGUUCCGGGCUUGAAGUUCACUCCCCUCUUGUCAAAUGCCCAAUUUUCUUCUUACUAUUUUCUAGGGCUCACUGGAAUCUCUGUGGGAAAAGAGCUUGUUUCUAUUCCUACUGGAACGGGGAAAGGGACCUUCAUUGACUCGGGUACUGUUAUUAGUCGGCUCGUGAAGCCCGCUUACAAUGCCAUGCGAGAUUCUUUCCGCCGUCAAAUGUCUAAUCUCACUCUGGCUCCGCCCUCAGAGCCUCUCGAUACGUGCUAUAAGGUUCCUAAAAAAGCUGUGAAGUUUCCUGUGAUUACAUUGCAUUUUGGCCAUAGUUUGCACUGGACUCUGCCUAUGGAGAACACUUUGUUCCCUGGAAAUGCUAGGGGUUCGGUCUUGUGCUUGGCUUUUGCUCUUCCUUUCGAUGACUUUUCCGUAAUUGGGAAUUACCAGCAGCAGAACCUCCGCGUAGUGUAUGAUGUGCCAGGCUCAAGGCUUGGUAUUACUCCAGAAAUUUGUGAUGCUUAGUGCUUGGUUCAAGGCUUGGUAUUACUCCAGAAAUUUGUGAUGCUUAGUGUUUGGUUGUUGGUAUGUUUUAGUAUACGAGUCUUUAAGAAAAGCAUCUUGAUGUAAUUUUGGUAUUGCUUCAAAGAAUUGUGAUGCUUACUGACUGCUUGGUUGUUUGCAUGUUUUAGUAUGCGAGUCUUUGAUAAAAGCAUGUUCAUGCGUUUGCAUGUUUUAGUAUGUGUGUCUUUGAUAAAAGCAUCUUGAUGUAAUUUUGGUAUUGCUUCAGAGAAUUGCAAUGCUUAGUGCUUGGUUGUUUGUCUGUUUUAGUAUGUGAGUCUUUAAUAAAAGCAUCUUGAUGUAACUUUGGUAUUGCUCUAUAGAAUUGUGAUACUUAGUGCUUGGUUGCUUGUAUGUUUUAGUAUGUAUCUUCGAUAAAAGCAUCUUGAUGUAACUUUGGUAUUGCUCCAGAGAAUUGUGAUGCUUAAUGCUUGGUUGCUUGUAUGUUUUAGUAUGCGGACUCUUCAAUAUAAGCAUCCUGAUGUAACUUUGGUAUUACUCCAGAUAAUUGUGAUGCUUAGUGCUUGGUUGUUUGUAUGUUUUAGUUUCUGCCUCUUUGAUAGAAG